AUGUCAGCAACACCAUCAUCAUCAUCACCAUCAUCAUCAUCAUCAUCAUCAUCAUCAUCAUCAUCAUCAUCAUCAUCAUCAUCAUCAUCAUCAUCAUCAUCAUCAUCAUCAUCAUCAUCAUCAUCAUCAUCAUCAUCAUCAUCAUCAUCAUCAUCAUCAUCAUCAUCAUCAUCAUCAUCAUCAUCAUCAUCAUCAUCAUCAUCAUCAUCAUCAUCAUCAUCAUCAUCAUCAUCAUCAUCAUCAUCAUCAUCAUCAUCAUCAUCAUCAUCAUCAUCAUCAUCAUCAUCAUCAUCAUCAUCAUCAUCAUCAUCAUCACCCAUCACUAUCCGUCAUCUAUCCCCAUUUCAUUAUACUACUGUCUAUCACAAAAAAUACAGUUAA